UUGCCUGCGAAUGCGCAGGGUAUUUGGGGACAGCCCGCUCCCAAAAUCGGCAUAAAAUUUCAAACGUGCCCCUUAUAACGCGCCCGCAUUAAAUUUUCCAAUCGGAAUCCGCGCCUCCGGACGAAAAGAACCCCAUCCAUCGCGCCGUUUCUAUUUUCCCCGACCCCCGCCACCUCAGUCCAAGGCUAAAACCCUCGGCUCUCGCAUAGUCCCCGCUUUCCUCUAGGGUUUACGCGUUCUCUUCGAUCCGAUGGUUUCCGAAACGCUCGAGGAGGAGAAGAAGAGCUCCGAGGACGGAUCUCCUCCGGUGGAGGGGGAGGCAGCGAGGGAUCCGGCGGAGGAGGAGGCGGCGGCCGGAGGAGAGGCGAGCAGGGAGGCGGAGAAAGGGGUGGAGGAGGAGGAGGAGGAGGAGGAGGGGGAAAAGAAGGUUGAGGAGGAGAAGCGGAAGCGGAAGAGGAGGGACGCGGUGGAGAAGGGUGAGGAGGAAGGGACGGAGAAAAAAGAGAGGAAGAGGCGGUCGACGGCGAGGGAACCCGCCACGCCGGUGGAGCGGCCGUCGAGGGAGAGGAAGGCAGUGGAGAGGUACACGGCGCUGUCUCCUCGAAGGACCUCCGCAACGAAAGUUCUUGCCAUCGAGCAGGGGGCUGGAAUAAAGCUCAAAGACAUACCUAAUGUGUUAUUCAAGCUGUCGAAAAGAAAGGUAGAUGAAAAUCUUCAAAUUCUUCACACAAUACUUUUUGGAAGGAAAUCAAAUGUACAUUUUCUGAAGAGAAACAUUUUGCAGUUUUCUGGUAUUGUCUGGGCAGACAACAAGGAAAAACAAAGGGCAAAAAUUAAGGAAAAGCUAGAUAAAUGUAACAAGGAGAAGUUGCUUGAUUUCUGUGAGCUACUUGAUCUUCAUGUUCUGAAAGCCACUGCCAAGAAGGAAGAAAUCUCAGCAAAGUUAUUGGAAUUCUUGGAAUCUCCUUAUGUUACUAGAGAUGUUGUACUUACUGAGAAAGAGAAAGGUAAAAAACGCAAGAGGAGGACGAAGGGAAUUCAUCAGACAUCUGGAGAAGCAUCUUCAGACUGGGCGACUAAGGUAUUAGCAAACUUAAAGAUGAAACGAAGAAAGAGUCGCAAACAAUCAGCUAAACCUGAGAAAGAAGAAGAUGUUGAAGAUGAAGAUGAAGAUAAGGGUGGUUCUACUGAUGUGAAAGAUGCGUCCACAGAUGAUGAUGAUCAGGGGGAUUCAGAGGAAGAGUGUGAACAUGCUAAGAGUGACCAAGAUGAGGAGGAAGAUGAACCAGGCGAGCCUGCGCCGGCCAAGAAAGGAUCUGGGGAGAAGCAGACAAAGAAGUGGAAAGGGCCCAAGAUGGCAGAAAAGGUUCCACCUGUUAAAAAAGGCUCUCAUGCAAAUUCUAAUAAAACCACUUCGAAAUCAGUUGCUAAUAAGGAAGGUGAAGCACCUGUAGAAAGCAAAAAAGAUUCCAAGGAGUCAACGAAGAAGGGUUUAAAGGCCUCGACAAAGGAGAAAUCUGCAACCCUAAAAAAGAAUUCUUUCACUAAAAGCACCUCAGAAUCUUCUCUAGGGAAACAUACUAUAGAUGAUAAUGAAUCUGGCCCACCAUUGGCCUCCAAAUCCAAAAAAGAAAAUAAAAGGAUAGGCCAGAGUAAGGAGAUUCCUGCAACUGCGGAUAAUGCAAGCAAGAAACAAGCUGCUAAGUCUCAGCCAAAAGUUUUUGCUAAAAAACAAGGAAAGACCAAGGCUAGUAAGGAAUCUAGUAGGGAGCCCAGCACAGAAGAAUUGCAUGCAGUGGUCAGCGAUAUAUUGAAAGAAGUGGACUUCAACACUGCAACUUUGGCUGAUAUUCUCAGGCAAUUAGGGUCUCACUUUAAUACGGACCUGAUGAAUAGAAAGGCAGAGGUAAAGCACAUAAUUGAAGAUGUGAUAAAUAGCAUGUCUGAUGAUGAAGAUGGUGGAGAAGAUGAAGAUGGUGCGGGGGAUGCUGAGGGAGAGGUUGCAAAGGAAGAAUCAGAUGGAGAUGGUGACAAGUAGCUUACCUAGACUGUUCAGUAACAUAUCAGGCCCCAUUGCAGCGCGUUCGUUGGUUGCGCCAUAUAAUCUAAUGCAUGCUUCUGGUGGGGAAGUGGUUGCAUUGACCUAAUGGAGGUGUAUGAUGAUCAUAUGGGAUAGCUUCAACCAUUUCACAUGGAUGGAUACCUCUUUUAACUGCUGUAUCAGAUAUUUGUAGUGGCCUUAGUCUUGCAGUUCAAUGUAAAUGUCUCCUCUUUUUUUUUCUAUAGAUAAUAUUUGUUUAGGUAGUCAUGACCGUGAUCUGCAAUGAUCAUCCCAUCCCCUCCUUUUCCUUUAAGAUGAAAUAAAGACUUGCUGAGGUUGUUCUUUGUUGUCACUUUCGGUGGACUCGGUACAGGCAGGUUAUUUGUCAUUGUUGUCUCCAAAUAGGGAUUCAAUUUCUCAUGGAAUAAACUCAAGAAAGGAGCUCAA